ACUUUCCCCCUCACAUUUCUUAUGAUUAUGAGUUCACCAGACGUAUUUAACUUUAAAAUAGUCAUUCAUAAAUGCAGGAGUCAUAGGUGAGGCGCUCGCGUCGAACUCUCCCUGAAAUAGGAGGGGCAUCCUCGAUCGCGAGACCGAUACCAAUCGUCGUUUCCGAAGCCUCCGAAUGAUAGCGACCCGAGAAGUUCGCGGAAUAGGUAUGAGAGGCUCGAUGUAGCGGAUUAUCACUUCGUGAACGUCGGGAGGCUAUCGAAGUUGAGUGAAGUUUUCGAGCGAACUGCUUUGAGGAUUUUAACAGCAGAUCAUACGGACACAACUUUAUGCGUUUUUAUAUUUCCCUUUAAUAGCCUGCUGACAUGAAUGCGAGCCGACAUAACGCGGUUUAGGCAAAUGUAAACAAAUUCAUUGCGAUGCGAUAACACUCCAGUUUGGCACCGUCGAAUUGAUUUGUGUAUUCUUGGGACGAAUUUUAAAUUAGUUGUAUUUUAUUUGAACGCGUUAGUAUGGCAGAACACGAAAGUUUGGAGUUCGGGAAGGCGGACUUUGUUCUUCUGGACAACGUGUCUUUGGAGGAGUUUAUGGCCAACCUGAAACUCAGGUUUGAAAAGGGUCGCAUCUACACUUACAUCGGAGAGGUGGUGGUCUCAGUUAACCCUUACCGGGCCAUGAACAUUUAUGGUCGGGACACCAUCGAGCAGUACAAAGGCCGGGAGUUGUACGAGCGCCCACCCCAUCUCUUCGCCAUCGCCGAUGCUGCAUAUAAAGCCAUGAAGCGGAGGAACAAAGACACCUGCAUUGUUAUCUCAGGGGAGAGCGGAGCUGGAAAAACAGAGGCUAGUAAAUACAUUAUGCAAUACAUUGCUGCUAUCACCAAUCCCAACCAAAGAGCAGAGGUGGAGAGGGUGAAAAACACGCUGCUGAAAUCCAACUGCGUCCUGGAGGCUUUCGGGAACGCCAAGACCAAUCGUAAUGAUAACUCCAGCCGUUUCGGCAAGUACAUGGAUAUCAACUUUGAUUUUAAAGGAGACCCCAUUGGCGGCCAUAUCAACAACUAUUUGCUUGAGAAGUCUCGUGUAAUCUUCCAGCAAGAAGGAGAGAGAAGUUUUCACUCUUUCUACCAGAUGGUAAAAGGAGCUCCGGACGGUCAGCUGCGAUCACUGCACAUUCAGAGAGAUCCCACCGUGUACAGCUACAUUAAAGUCGGAGGCCAAAUAAAGUCGUCUAUAAAUGACAGUGCUGAUUUUAAAGCUGUCAAUGAUGCCAUGAGGGUGAUAGGCUUCACCGCAGAGGAGAUUCAGACGGUUUACAAGAUCCUGGCUACCAUCUUGCAUCUGGGGAAUCUGAAAUUUGGAAGUGAUGGAGACGUGAUCCUCAUUGAGAACUCUAAGGUAGUGUCGGUUCUAGGAGAUUUGCUGUCCACUAAAGAUGAAAAUGUUGAGAAGGCCCUGCUCUACCGUACGGUUGCCACCGGCCGUGAUGUCAUUGACAAACAGCACACUGACAAAGAGGCCAGUUAUGGCCGAGAUGCCCUGGCCAAGGCCAUUUAUGAGCGACUUUUCUGUUGGAUUGUGGGGCGAAUCAAUGACAUCAUAGAGGUGAGAAACUAUGAUGCCAGGGUUCAUGGGAAAAACACAGUCAUUGGAGUCCUGGACAUCUACGGCUUUGAAAUCUUCCAGAACAACAGCUUUGAGCAAUUCUGUAUAAACUACUGCAAUGAGAAACUGCAGCAACUCUUCAUUCAGCUGGUGUUGAAACAAGAGCAGGAGGAAUAUCAGAGAGAGGGAAUACCUUGGAAACAUAUCGACUACUUUAACAAUCAGAUCAUCGUGGAUCUGGUGGAACAACAGCAUAAGGGCAUUUUUGCUGUCCUGGAUGAGGCGUGUAUGAACGUGGGGAAAGUAACUGAUGAGAUGUUCCUGCAAGCGCUCGAUGGCAAGCUGGCGAAGCAUGCGCACUACACUAGCCGCAAGCUUUCCCCUACGGACAAAAAUCUGGAGUUUGACAGAGAUUUCCGGAUCCGUCAUUAUGCAGGCGAUGUGACUUAUUCCGUCGUGGGCUUCAUUGACAAAAACAAAGACACCUUGUUUCAGGAUUUCAAGCGGCUGCUUUACAACAGCUCGAACCCUGUGCUGAAAGCCAUGUGGCCAGAGGGCAAACUGAGCAUCACCGAGGUCACCAAGCGACCCCUGACUGCUGCCACGCUCUUCAAAAACUCCAUGAUCUCUCUGGUGGAGAAGCUAGCCAGCAAGGAGCCGUACUACGUGCGAUGCAUAAAACCGAAUGAAGUUAAAUCCCCACUCCUCUUUGAACCCGAGCGCUGCAAACACCAAGUUGAGUACUUGGGCCUUUUGGAAAACGUCAGGGUGCGGCGAGCAGGCUUUGCUAACCGACAGACUUAUCCACGGUUUCUUCAGAGAUAUAAAAUGAUCUCCGAGUUUACCUGGCCCAACCAUGACCUGCCGUCAGAUAAGGAAGCAGUGAAACGUUUGCUUCAGGGUUGUGGGUUCGAUCAUGACGUGGCCUACGGAAAGACCAAAGUAUUCAUCCGCACCCCCCGAACCAUCUUCAGCCUGGAGGAGCAGAGGAUAGAGAUGGUGAAGAGGAUCGUGCUCUUUCUGCAAAAGGUAUGGCGUGGGACGCUGGCCAGAAUGCGUUACCGCCGCAUGCGCGCCGCCCUCAUCAUAAUCCGGGUUUACAGGCGUUACAAGGUUAAAUCGUACAUCCGCGAGGUCAACCGACGCUUCAAAAACGUCCGUGACAUGAAGGACCACGGCAAGCACGUAAAGUGGCCCACACCGCCUAAAGUUCUGCGCAAAUUUGAAGAGGCACUUAGGAACAUCUAUAACAGAUGGUGGGCCUGGACGCGUAUUAAAGCUCUGUCUCCAGAGGAGAUGCUUCAAGUGAGGGCCAAAGUUGCCACUUUAGAGUGUUUAAAGGGGCAGAGGGCCGAUCUUGGACUGCAGAGGACCUGGGAAGGCAACUACCUGAAACGGGACAGUCCUGGGACAGCGUCUUCCUUUACUCUGGUGUCCAGCGACCUGCAGAGGAAAGAUAAGUUCAUGAGAGUCCUCUUCUCCAGCAAUGUCCGCAAAAUCAAUCGUUUCAAUAAAGCAGAGGACCGUGCUUUGCUAAUCACUGAUCGUCACCUCUACAAAAUGGACCCAGUUAAGCAGUACAAGACCAUGAAGAGCAUCCCACUCUAUAACGUGACCGGAGUGAGCAUUUCCCCCGGGAAGGACCAGCUGGUUGUCUUCCACACCAAAGACAACCGGGAUCUAAUCGUGUGCCUGCAGGGCAUGGUGCCAGCGGGGGACAGCCGCAUCGGAGAGCUGGUUGGGACCCUCUUCAGCCAUUUCAAAAGCGAGAAGAGGAAGCUCCAGGUGAACACUGUCAGCCCCAUUCAUUGCAGUAUGAAUGGAAGAAAGUGCACUGUCGUCGUGGAAACCAAGAUCAACCAAGCGCAGCCAGACUUUACCAAGGGCCGAUCAGGAUACAUUCUCUCAGUGCCAGGCAACUAGGGGAUGGGGGUACAAACAGUACCUGUUGACGGGACAUUAACAGCAGGGUAUCACCUGCUUUACACAUGUCAAAACUUGUGACCCAGAUAUAAUGCCAUACUUCAUUUACCUGAUGAAGGGCCAGAAGGAUUUUUUUUAAAUAUGGAAAAGUUUGUCCUUAAAUUCCAAACAUCAGCUCUGAUUAUGUACUAGAUAAAACAAGAUUGACCCUUAAAGAAGAUUAACCAGACCUGGAUCCAUUUAUUUAUUAAACAUUGCAAGGAUACGCAGAGCUUUAAAAAUAUCAAACCCGUGUUUUGACAUUGUAGCGUUUUGUUCUUAAAGGGGAAUAUCUUGGUUUUUGAUCAGUUUGUGUGGGAUAGAGAAUUGUCAUGCGUAUGGCCCAAUGUGUUGGACAGAUCAGCGGCGAGCUUGAGGUCACUGCUGUAAUUUGUUGAUACGAGAGGGAUAUGUUGAUCAUAUCCUCAAACACUUAAACGCUCUUGUAAUUUAAGGUGUUUUUUCUGCAUAUAUAUGGUCAUUUAUAGCUAAGGCGAAUACGUAAAUAGUAAUUCAAUAUGGAAGUAACGCUUAUGUAAUGUACUGUAUACACUAUAUAUAACACUCUAAAAAAGGGUUAUUUCAACCCAUCAUUGGGUCAAAAAUGGGCACUGUUGUGUAAAUUUACCCAGAAUAUGGUUAUAUUUGAUCCAAAAAUGGAUUUGUGUUGAAACAACCCAGCAAAGGUUCAUUUAUAACCUAACGGUUGGGUUUGUCCAUUUUUGACCCAACAUUGAGUUGAAAUAACCUGAAUGUUUUUAGAGUGAAAUCGUAGGAGGUAGGAGAGAACUGUCAUGUAUUCAGAUAUUUCUUUAUGUUGGACAGGCAAGAACAAAGAGCAAGAAGUGUUUGCAUCAGGCGGUUUCAUUUUCUUUUUUUUAAAGAACAUUUUCUCCAUUUUUUAAGAACAGGCCAGUCGGCAAUAGAAACGACCCUUUCAAAGGACACACCAGGAGGAAUGGUUCUCCGUAAGUCCUCCAAUCACUUUGCCCAUUUUUAGGCACAUAGGGGAAUAAAAUAAGCAUUUAGCAGCCUGGUUAUAUUGCAAUGAUGAGACACUUUCUUGUUUACAAAGACUGAAUUUAAAGUAACACGAAGUCAGCAGCCGAUCUUAUAUUAGCCAAAAACGACAAGAAAUAAUGUGUUUCACCUAGAUACACUAGACAAGGAAAAUGACGUCAAAAUACACAUCAAAGAAGUAAAGAUGAUUGAUUCAAACAGCGUAAAGAUUAGUUUAAACCACGAAAAGUUGCCAAACUAAAAGUCUUCAUUUUUAUAUAUUUUCAUCGUCGUUUAUUCAUGUCUGUGGCCGAUAGUUACGUCAAAUCAUAUCUUUUUUUAAAUCGGUUCGGAAGGUUCGUUCAUCACAGCCAAAACAUCACUAAGCUCCCAUCCGUAGUAUCUAUCCACAUUGUCAUAUGAUUAAAAUGGUAGAUAAUGGAUUAGAACCACAGCCCUUCACCCGUGAUCCUACCCGUUCAAACCAUCACUUGUGGCUUUAUGAAAAGCUCAUACGGGUUUAUUUUAUUAUCAAGUAGUUUUUUCUGCAUAGACGUGUGUAUAAACCGGUCCUACAAAGUAAUAAAAUGCCGCCGCACAGGAAGUGUUGCUGCAAAAUUACACACACCCACUCCAGGCAUUCUGGCUUGCUCAUCCUCUCUGUCCCUCAAUUCUAUCUCUUGACUAUUGGCCUGGAUCGCUUAAGUGUGUCAGUGAAAGCAGAAGCCCAAAGUGCUGCUGGGAAGAUAAAGUCAGACACUCUUCCCCAUCUCUCACACUAGGCCUGGCCCACAGGCAACAGACAGUCAACUGGCAGAUUCUUUACCGGUCUGGAGGUCUUAAAACUGCCAGGAAGAUGAAGGUCAAAGAAUAAAAAUAAACUAGACUUUUUUACAGUAAUAGUCUGUUUUCCUCAAAUCCAGUGCUGGUAGAUGCAUACAAAAUGUGUGAUGUGUGAAUACAAGACCUUGAUAAGUAGGACUUAUAUAAUUUUUGGGCGUUAGUUUAUAGUUUUUUUAUCGUUGUUCUGUGGAUAGAGUCAGUCUGGUUCUGUCAGUGAUAGUCUUUCACCUUGCCGUGAACCACACAAAUGCAAUUUAAGUGCCGAAUAAUUUCAUUCCCAGGUAAUAUGUUGCUUAAAUUGUUGUGUAAUUGUACAUGUUCCUCUUGGUUAAUAUUGGCAACCUGGAGAUGAAGUUGAUCAAUCUAUGUGCCUAUUUUUAUACCUCUCCUAUUUAAGUAAUAUAUUCAUUUAAAACAAAACGCUAAGACCUUUUCUUAGACCGAAUCAAAAAGAAAGACCUACUUUUUUCCUACUAAAAGUCUUACUUUUUUUUAAUUUGUAUUAUUAAUGCAAAAUCUGUAAUUAACGCAUUUGUUCAUUAAUUUGCAGAAAAAAAGACAAGUAUGCAUUUUGAAAACCAAACCAAGUGAUGUACUGCUUUGAAACAUUAUUGCUUUGAAACAUAUUGAAAUAUUAUUGAUUUUUGUUCAUCAAAUAAACGCUGUAGCAAAUAUCUGCUCCUGAAAAUAAACAUGCCAUUGAA